AUGACUGAUGAUUUAGAACAAACUUUGUAUAAUGACUUAAAAUUAGCAGGUGUAAUAUAUGCGUCAAAUUAGGUUCUUCAAGAAUAUCAGAUUCAUUUAGACCUCACUUAAUUCAUCUAGAUAUGUAAGACAUACCUUUCAAAGAGAAUUCUGAAUCAGAUUCUAUUCCUCAAGUAAAUUCAAUUCAGAAUCUUCGUUUUAAAGAUAUGAGUAUUUCAAAGAGUAAAAAUAAAAAUAUGUGUUCAUUGAAGAGUCUAUAAUGUUAAAAUAAUUUAUAAGAUAAGAAUGAUAGAUAAAAACAUCCAAGAAAUAGUGGGAUGGCUAGCUUGCUUACAAUUAAUAAUUUGGUGAAAUAAUUUAUUGAGAAAUUAAAAAGGAAGGCUUACAUUUUUCCAAAUAAUCUUGGUGAAGAAAUAAAAGAAAAUUUGAGAGAAGUUUUAUAAAAAAAAAAAAUUUGGAAAAAAAUAAAGUAGAUACAGGUUUCAGAAGAUGGUGGUAAAAAAUAGAUAACUAAAAAACUUCCUAUAUUUAAUCCUGCAAGUAAAAUGAUGUUAAUAUGGGAAUUUUUUAGAGCUCUUUAAUUGACAAUAUUAUUAUGGUGGUUACCAUUCAAAAUUGCCUUUAAUCCAUCAUCAAGUACUAAUGUUGAUGCCUUUGAGAGUGCUUUAACAUAUAUAUUCGCAGCAGAUUUAAUUAUAAAAUUUAAUAGAGGUAUAUUUGAUUAAGGAAAAUUAAUAAAAAAUAGAAUAAGUAUUUUGAAACAUUAUGUAUCUAAUGAAUUGCAUGAAGAUAUAAUAUAUUUUAUAACUUUAAUUUUUGUGAUUAGUGAUAUUGGUAUUAGAGCUAGUGGAUUUUAAGAAAUUAUAGUAUUAGUAUAAUUUGGAUUAAAUUUUAUUAAAUUGAAAAAAUAUCUAACAAAAUAUGAAGAAACUUUUGUUGAAUCUCCAACUUUGACUGAAAUAGUAAAACUUUUAUAAUUAAUAAUAAUUACAUUUUAUUUUGCUCAUUUUAUGGCAUGUAUAUGGUAUUAUGUAGGUAUUAAGAGUUUAGAAAUGAAUGAAAUAUCAUGGACUCAAGAUCCAAAAUUUGAUUAUUCUGGUGUUUUUUAAAUGUAUAUAUACUCAUUUUAUUGGGCAACAACUACUAUGGUAACUGUUGGAUAUGGAGAUAUCUCAGGUAAAAAUGUUUAUGAAGUAUUAUGUGCUAUUGUACUUAUGAUAUUCUCAAGUGGAAUUUUUGCAUUCUCAAUGAAUUAAAUUGGAUCUAUAUUUACUAAUAUGGAUGCUUAAAAAUAAUAAUAUAAGAGAACUUUAUUAUUAAUUAAUUAAUAUAUGAAUAAUAAUUUAGUUGAAGAGUAACUUCAAGGUAGAAUUAGAAAUUAUUUAAAAUAUCAUUAUCAUAAAUAAGAAAAACUUUUUAAAAAUGAAAUAAGUACUAUUAUUGAUAAAUUACCAACUACUCUUAAAUCAGAAUUAAUUUAAGAUGUAUAAUUUAGAGUAAUGUAAUGUAUUCCUUUUUUUAAUAAAAAUUUUUCAGAAGAAAUCUUACCUUAAAUUGCUUAUGAAUUAAAUCUCUAAUCUUAUACACCAAGAGAAAUUAUUUAUUAAUAAAAUUAAAUAGAUGAUUGCAAUAUCUUUAUAGUUUGGAAAGGAUAAGUUAAUCUAAUUGAUGAUAACUCAGGAAAAGUACUUAAAACAUUUAAUACUGGAUAAUGUUUUGGAGAAUUAGAAUUUCUAACUAAUCAAAAAAGAUUAAGUACAGCUAUUAGCUGUGAUUUCAGUUAAAUUUAUUAUAUAUCAAGAAAUCAAUUUCUUAAAAUACUAAACUCUUAUAAUAAUGAUUUUUAACAAUUUCAUUAGUUGAAAGAUUAAAUUUUAUUCCAAUAUAAUUCUUCUGCUAUCUAAUGUUAUUGUUGUUAAGAAUCUCAUUCUAUUUGGAAAUGUCCUUAUAUUCAUUAUAAACCUGAUUUAGAAAGAGUAAUAAAAAAGAGUUUCUUUUAAGAUUCAUUAUAAGAACGUUCAUAAUUUAAAAGAAAAGGACUUCGUUUAAAUGUUUAUUAUUAGGAAAGUUUACUUUAAAGUUCAAAGCAUAUAAAAACAUCAAAUGAUUUAGAUAAUAAUACUGCAGGAGGCAUAUAAUAAAUAGGUUCAAUAAAUGAAUCAAGUGAAUCAUCUGAAGAGAGUGUAAAACAUGAAAAAAAGAGUGAUUAAAUUUUAACAUUAUCUUAUGCAGUACCAAGUGAAAGUAGAAGAAAAAGUUAAAGAACAAAAUUUAUACCUGCAUCUCCUCUUAGAGCAGAAUCUCCUCUACUAAAACCAUUAGAUAUGCUUCGAUAUGGAUAAAGAAAAAGAAAAAGUCUAUUCUUUGCUGAUUAAAGUAUGAUUAAUGCUUUAUAAUCUAAACGAAAGGAAUCGGUACAAAAAACAGCAUCAUUGGGUUAAUAAUAGAAUUUCAUCAAAUAAUUAUCUAAUUAUGAAAAUGAUAAUAAUUUUGAACCAUUAAGUACAAUCGAAGGACUAGAUAAAAUGAUUAUUUACUCUAAUUAUUUUCCUGAUAAUAAUUUUGACAAAAUUAUUGAAUAAUUACUAAAAUAUCUAAAAAGGUUUAAAUUGACAAAAACUUAUAUGAUUGCAAACAAAUAUUCUUUUGUAAAGCUAUAAAAAUAUGAUAAAUCUUAAUCUAAAAAACCCAUCAUGUUCAAAUAAAAUGAUGUUAUUAAGUGA